GUUAUAAGAAUAUAUGUUAAUGGGAGUCUUAUCAAUCAGUAUAACCUUUAUAUCAUAGAAUUCUAUUAGUGGUGCCAUAUAACGAUAAUUAUUACGAUUUUAACCUAACCUAAUUCAAAUAAUUUUUCUGCAUAAAAGAAUAAAUAAAGAUGGUUAUGAUAUAAAAAAACAAGAAGAAGUACUUCAAGAAUCUCUUAUGAUGGUACCAGAUUGUCAACGACGUCUUGCAAAAGCUUUUGAAGAACUUAAAAAAAUUUUGGAUACAGAGCAAGAUUUAAAAGAGAUUGAAGAUUAUAUUGAAGCAGAAAAAAUAUUACAAGAAGCAGAAGCUCAACUUCCUAAAGAAGGAGAAAUUAUGGAAAUGUGUUAAAAAAGCAAAACCUACUAAUUUUAUUAAAAUAUUGUGGAAAGUUGAGAAAACUAUAUUUUCAUCUAAAAUAACAUAAGAUUUGUAAACAAGUUAAAGUAAUCAUUUAAUGCAUAAAGAAAGUGAUAGUAUUAAGAUUUUAUAUUUUUUCAAAUUAAGUAGUUUUUAACAAUUAUGUUUAAUGAUCAAAAUUUAGAGGAUCCUACACAAAAUUAUAUGGAUCCAAAUUAUAAUAUGUCUCAUCUAAUGAAUCAAUAUAUUUAUAAUACAAAUUAUAAUGUGAAUAUAUAUCAAAAUUAUAUUUAUCCAGUUGGUACAUUUGAAAAUGAAAAUGCUACAUCAAUAAUUAAUUUAGGAAUUCGACAAGCAGAUGAAAAAAAUAUUGAAAAUUUUCUCUUAGAAAUUAAUCAAUCCAAUAAUAUAAAUGACCAGAGAAAUAUAUGCAGAAAAUCUAAAAUUGCAAUAAUUAAAAAUGCUAUAACAUCUGCAUAUAAAUUAAAUGAAAAAUUAAAGAUAAUUUGUGCAGAAUUUAAGAAUAGCCAACAUUUGAUGGAAGAUGAGUGGCAACAGAAAAUAAAUAUUUGUAAUGCAGCAAAGGAAGAAAUUGUUCAAUUAUUAGAACCUAUUAGAAGUCAAAAUUUUUUAAAUCAAUUAAAAAAAGAUUUAGAGAAACGAAAAAAAAAGAGAUUAAGAGAAAAAAUUAAAAAAGAGAAAUGGAAAAAUGAAAAAAUAACAAAAAUGGAAAGAAGAGCAAGAAUGCAUGCACAGAUUGAUUUGUGGAUUAGGAAAGAACAAGCCGUAAUAGAUAAAGAAAAGCAAGAAGAAAAUUUACGUAAAGAUGCUGAUAUGGUUUUAUUUGAUGUUAGAGGGAAAAAAAUCGAUGCUAGGAAAUAUCUUGGAUUGUUACAAGAAUUACGAAAUUUGCGUAAUGUUAAAGCUAAUAUUGCCAGAGCAAGAGGGGAACAUUUAUCUUCAGCAGCUGAUGAAGCAUUUAAUAAUAUUAUUGUAAAAUUAACAGAACAAUGGUCAAUGCUUGAUCGUGAAUAUUCUACAGAAGAACAAGGUCUAAAAUUAAUGUUAAAGAAUGAUAAUGAAAAGAGAAUUGAAAAACAAAAAAAAAAUCUUUUUGAUGAAUGGGAAAAAGUAUUGUUUGGAAGAAAAAUAACAUUUGAUCAAUAUAAUUCAGACUUAACUAAUUUUGUUUCCAUAAGAACUGCUUGGGAUAAAUAUAUAAGUUCAGAUAAUGAUGCAUUUGCAAUACCAAUUGGAUGGAUAAUGCCUGAUAAACCAUCCUCAGCUGCCUGGCAAAAAUGUCUCAAAAAAAUUACGUGAAAUAAAGUAAUUAUGUACAUCUGUAGAUUCUAGUGUAAAAAUAGAUAAAAUUUGAUAUA